AUGAAUAAUGCUUGCAAGGUUUUCAGAGUUUUGGAUAUCCACGUUUCAACAAUAGGUCAACAAGGACAAAUUGAUGUUUCUUUAGCCCUUCCUUCAUACUUCAUUGAAGGCCAAGUAGACAUAAAUCUCACACAUCGAAGGAUUUUGUUCGUCUGGCAUCAAGAACUUGAAGUUCUUGCUGACAAUGUAGAAACAUUUAUUGCCAGAUCAAUAAGUUUUGGAAGCAAAGAUGGAGAACUAAUCAUGAUGAAAACACUCAGCUUCAAGACAAUUGAUAUGGAUAAACCCCCAAAAUCUGAAGAAGAAAGGAUAAAAUCACAUGUUCCUUUGAGAAAAUUGGUUGUAGACAAGGAGAAUGAAACCUCAGAUUAUUCAAAAGUUGAAAAGUUGAAACCCAAGAUUUCGUUUCCUGUUCAAGAACCGUUCGUGUUUUCUUCUCCGAGACCGGUUAACGAACUGAAUUCUGCUGCUACAACGCUUCAGAAAGUUUACAAGAGUUACCGGACGAGAAGGAACCUUGCAGAUUGUGCAGUUAUUGUUGAAGAGCUCUGGUGGAAAACCUUGGAUUCUGCAGCUUUGAAACAGAGCUCGAUAUCGUUCUUCAACAAAGUUGAACCCGAAACUGCUGUGUCCCGGUGGGCUCGUGCUAAGACAAGGGCUGCUAAGGUCGGCAAAGGCUUAUCCAAGGAUGAGAAAGCUCGGAAACUAGCUCUACAACAUUGGCUUGAAGCUAUUGACCCUCGUCAUCGUUAUGGACACAACUUACACUUCUACUACGAUGUAUGGUCGGAGAGCAGAAGUCUCCAACCAUUCUUCUAUUGGUUGGAUGUUGGUGAUGGUAAGGAAGUAAAUCUUGAACUUUGCCCCCGAGCCAAUCUGCAACGUCAAUGCAUUGAAUAUCUAGGCCCUAAUGAGAGAGAAGUAUAUGAAGUGAUUGUAGAUGAAGGGAAAUUAGCAUACAAACAAAGUGGAAUUCUCUUGAAUACAGCUGAAGGCUCAAAAUGGAUUUUUGUCCUCAGUACAACAAGAACUCUAUAUGUAGCACAGAAGAGAAAAGGUGUUUUUCAGCACUCGAGUUUUCUUUCUGGUGCAGCUACGACAGCUGCUGGUAGAUUAGUUGCUCAUCAUGGUACUCUAGAGGCAAUAUGGCCAUACAGCGGUCACUAUCUUCCGACUGAAGAUAAUUUCAAGGAAUUCAUCAUGUUUCUUGAGGAGAAUAAUGUAGAUUUAACAAAUGUUAAGAGGUGUGCAAUAGACGAUGACAGGACCUCAUUUAAGGCAGAUGCUAUCAAAGUUGAGGAAACUCAUGAAGGCAAUACAUCAAUCAAGACAGCUAAUACAGAAGCACCCAAACUUGACUUGCCCGAGACUUUAUCUUGCAAGUGGACUACUGGAGUUGGGCCCCGCAUCGGAUGUGUUCGAGACUACCCAAUGGAGCUUCAGUCUGAGGCACUAGAAAGAGUAAAUUUAUCACCUACAAUAACAUCAAAGAGUUAUUUGCCUGUCCCAUCUCCGCGACCAAGCCCAAAAAUAAGAAUGUCACCUCGACUUGCAUAUAUGGGACUUCCUAGCCCAAGGGCGUCUCUCCAUAGUCCAUUCCAAGUCAAAUUUUAG